GUGUGUGUGUGUGUAGUGAGUUAAGCAACAUUGUGAUAAGAUCAAGUUCCUUUUUGGGGUUUGAUCUGUGAGCAGAAAACAUCUUCAUCAUCAUCGUCGUCUUCAUUAUCGGCAACUUGGUCCAACAAGAUGGCUGAUGUACGCUGGCGGUUGUUGGCACUUAUUGUGGUUGUCACGGCAACAAAGACUUGGCCCAAAAACCAGAACCGGCUCAUCAACCAGAACCGGCCCAUCAACCAGAACCAGCCCAUCGACCAGAACCAGCUCAUCGACCAGAAACGGCUUGCCGAAAUUGUUGAACAAGUCAUCAAGAGGCUUCAUUUGGAACGGAGGGACUCUGAGAGAAAUUUGUCCAUGUUCAGUCUGGCGGUGAAUGUCCCGGGUCUUAACGGCGUAUAUCACGUGAAUGCCAUCCCUGACCCGGGUGACAAGAUCAGGAAGGACCUCUUGCGUUACGGCGUCUACCAGGACAAGUACGUGUUGGCCGCCACCGUCCUGAAAGCCAAGUGCCGCAACCGGAACCAAAAUGUGAAAGUGGAGCACGCCGAGUACCGCGUCCUGCGCCGCUUUAAGGCGUGGGCGGCUAAAAAGCCAAAAAAUCAGACAGGUCUGAUGCUCUUCUACGUCUUCGCCUCGCCGUGCCCAGACCGGUGUGCGAGUAACGAUAACAACAUGGGGCGGAGCAUCCUCCCGCUGCUAAAGGACAUCACAGAAUGGCCCCAGCACGCCCUGGUCUUCUCCAAAGUCUUCAAGCCUAAAAUGGGACGACCCAUCAAUGAAGGAGAACUCAUAAAGGCGCUCAAAAACCUGGGAAGCAAGCUCGGCGGCCUGGAGAACAUCUUCCGCUGCGAAAGGGUGAACCAGCACAUGAAGUGUGACAGCUGCUCCAGGGGGGGGGGUGAUCACACCUAAAUGCUACGAAUGGAAGGGCACCCAGAAUUGGCAGGGCGGGAGGUGUGACGUAAAGUGGGGCCAAGGGGGUUGGAGAAGAAGCCCCCGGAAGAACCCGCUUGGGCGCGGACAUGCCAAGCAGCCGCAGUCCGCCAAAGGUCCUACGCCAGCCAAAGGUCCCGGAAGGAAAAGGAAGCCUGGGCGUGCCCAGAAGUAGAGAAACAAAAGAGGCGGGACCAAGCCUGGGCGUGGCCGGAAGAAGACAAACAAAAUAGGCGCGACCUGAUCUUCCGGGGGCCGGCGCCGAGGUUGACAACGACCAAUUGGGCAAGCUGGAAAAAAACCAACGUCUUUUGACGAGUAGCUUUGCUUCCAUGCUAAUGCGAGCACGCUAACACGAUCGACAAUGUAAACGUCUGAUUUUGCACAGCAUUAAAAAAGCUUUGAGCACACAA